AUGGUAUCUGGAGUUAAAAUCGCUAUUGACCGUGGUGGAACUUUCACCGAUGUCCACGCUUCGUUACCAGGUAAAAAAGACUUGGUGUUCAAGCUCUUAUCUGUGGACCCUUCUAAUUAUCCGGAUGCUCCUACCGAAGGGAUCAGAAGAGUGUUGGAAAUCGCUUCUGGCACCAAAAUCCCAAAGGGAAAACCGCUCAAACUCGACGCCAUUGAAUCGAUCAAGAUGGGAACCACUGUGGCCACCAAUGCCCUUCUUGAAAGAGAAGGAGCCAAAGUUGCCCUUGUCACUUCGAGAGAUUUCCGCGAUGUUUUGAGAAUCGGGAACCAAACCAGGCCCGAUAUUUUCAAUAUCAGUGCGAGAAAAUUGGACCAGUUGUAUACAAAAGUCAUUGAGGUGGGUGAGAGAAUUACUCUUGCCAAUUACACAGAAGGCGGUGGUGCUGAGAAAAAGGUCACUUUGGCCGACAACAAAGACUUCGACGGAGCCUUGGUCGAAGCCACUACUGGCGAUGUUAUUCAGAUCAUUGAGAAGCCAAACAUGGCUGAGGUGGAAAAGCAGUUACUCGAAUUGAAAAAGGAAGGCUACAGCAGUUUGGCCGUCUGUUUCCUCCACUCCUACUUGUACCCUACUCAUGAGCAACAAGUUUCUGCUCUUGCACGUAAAUUGGGCUUCCAAGUGUCAGUUUCCACAGAAUUGCAGCCAUCUAUUGGUGUUGUCAGCAGAUGUAGUUCUACUGUCGCUGAUGCUUAUCUUUUACCCAAGAUCCAAGAAUACCUAGAAGGGUUCGGAGCUGGGUUCGAAGGAGGAUUGAACGCCAUGGGCAACAAGUUGCUCUUCAUGCAAUCCAAUGGGGGACUUUGUCCAUGGAAUAAAUUCACCGGUUUGAGAGCCAUUCUUUCGGGUCCAGCAGGUGGGGUUGUUGGUUAUGGAAAGACCUGUUACGACACCAGACCAACCUCCAAGAGAGCUACUUUGGGUUUUGACAUGGGUGGAACGUCUACAGAUGUGUCGAGGUUCUCCGGUACUUUCGAGCACGUCUUCUCCAACAUCGUCAGUGAAGUCCACUUGAGUACUCCACAACUUGACAUUUCUACUGUUGCGGCUGGAGGUGGAUCCAUGUUGUUCUGGAAGAAUGGGAUGUUCACCGUUGGUCCACAAUCGGCUGGAGCUCACCCCGGUCCAGCUUGUUACAGAAAAGGUGGUCCGUUGACUGUCACCGAUGCCAAUCUUGUCACCGGAAGACUUCUCCCCGAGUUCUUCCCUCUGAUCUUUGGUCCUAACGAAGACCAACCACUUGAUGUGGAAGCCUCCAGAAAGUUGUUUGCAGAGUUGGCGGAAGAAAUCAACAAACUGAGAGAUGUACCUAUUACUGCUGAAGAGGUGGCCUGCGGGUUCCUUAGAGUUGCUGAUGAAGCCAUGACCAGACCUAUCAGAACUAUUACUGAAGGUAAAGGUUACAGCACUGGAGACCACAACUUGUCUGUUUUCGGGGGUGCAGGUGGUCAACAUUGUUGUUCUGUUGCUCGUAACUUGAACAUCAAGCACGUUGUUAUCCACAAGUACUCGUCAUUGUUGUCUGCUUAUGGUAUUGCUUUAGCAGAUAUUGUCAUCGAAAAACAAUGUCCAGUCUCCCUCACUUUCACGCCCGAAAAUUUGCAGCAAUUCAAAUCCAAGUUGCAACAAUUGCAAGAUGAGGUGGAAGCCGAGUAUAAAAAACAAAAAACCGGCGAGAACGCAACCUCUAUCGAAGUAUUUCUCAACAUGAAGUAUGCUGGUACCGACACCUGUCUUAUGAUCAGUAAGCCUGAAGAUGGGUGGGACUUUAAGCAAAAGUUCAUCAACCAGCACCAACAAGAGUUCGGAUUCACCUUGGAAAGAGAUGUGGUGGUGGAAGAUGCUCGUCUUAGAAUGAUUGUCCACAGUGAAGAUACCCAUGUGGCCAAUCCCUUUGAGGAACACGAGAAUAUCGAAAAGCUUCCAUCUCCAGCACCCGAAAACACCUCUAAGGUCUACUUCCAGGGUAAAGGUUAUAAGGAUGCUGGUGUGUUCUUAUUGAACAAAAUGCAGUUGGGGGCCACUGUUGCCGGUCCUGCUGUCAUAAUUGAUGACACCCAAACCAUUCUUGUCGAACCAGACUGUGUGGCCACUUUACUUUCUGACUGGGUGUUCAUUGAAGUAUUGCAGACCAAGUCGCUUGAGUUGUCUGCCACCGUGGUUGAUCCUAUCCAACUUUCGGUGUUUGCCCACAGAUUCAUGUCUAUUGCCGAACAGAUGGGGAAAACCCUUCAAAUGACUGCCAUUUCCACCAACAUUAAGGAAAGACUCGACUUCUCGUGUGCCUUGUUUGAUGCCAAUGGAAAGCUUCUUGCCAACGCUCCUCACAUUCCUGGUCAUCUUGGUUCCAUGUUCUCUGCUGUUGAAAAACAAAAUGAGAUCUGGAAGGGUAAGCUCAAGCCUGGUGAUGUGUUAUGGGCCAAUCACCCUUCGACUGGUGGUACCCAUUUGCCAGACAUCACUGUUUUAACACCAGUUUUGGAUGAAAAUAACGAUGUCUUGUUCUGGACUGCUUCACGUGGUCAUCAUGCGGAUAUCGGUGGUAUUUCUGCUGGUUCCAUGCCUGCUGACUCGAAAGAAAUUUGGCAAGAAGGUGCUGCCAUUGAGUCUGAAAAGCUUUAUGACCAAGGGGUGUUCCAGCACGAACAAGUUGUUGAUUUGUUGUAUACCAAGCCAAGUCAAUACCCUGGCUGCGAAGGUUCCAGAGCUUUGGAAGACAAUAUAAGUGACUUGAAAGCCCAUGCCUCCGCCAACAACAGAGGUAUCAAGUUAUUAAAGGGAUUAAUGGAAGAAUUUGGCUAUGAUGUAGUCAAGCUUUACAUGGAAGCCAUUCAAAAAUCGGCUGAAACUGCCGUCAGAGGAUUGUUGCAAAUUGCUUACGACAGAUUUGGAGGAAAGCCAAUGAAGGCCGUGGACUAUUUGGACGAUGGUACUGCGGUGGCCGUUACCGUUACAAUCAAUAGAGAAGACGGUAGUGCGGUGUUGGACUUCAGUGAAAGUGGUGAACAAUUCUACAGUAACUUCAACUGUCCUACUGCUGUGUUGUACGGAAGUAUUCUUUAUGUGUUGAGAUGCUUGAUCAAUGUCGAUAUUCCUUUGAACAGUGGGUGUAUGGCUCCUUUGGACAUCAUUGUCAGAGAAGGUUCGAUUUUCAAGCCUUCUUUCGAUGCGGCUACCGUUGGCUCCAAUGUCGAAACUGCCCAAAGAAUCUCCGAUGUGUUGUUCAAGGCUUUCCAAGCCUGUGCUGGUUCCCAAGGUACUUGCAACAACUUUACAUUUGGAUCUUCUGAUUCUAAGUACGGGUUGUUUGGAUACUACGAAACCAUUGCUGGUGGAGGUGGUGCUGGUAAGAACUUCACGGGUCAAUCUGGUGUGCAAGUCCACACCACCAACACUCGUAUGACGGACAGUGAGUCUUUUGAGAAGAAGUUUCCUUGUAUUUUGAGAAGAUACGAGAUCAACACUGGUACUGGAGGUCUCGGUUUACACAAGGGAGGAGACGGUGUAAUCAGAGAGAUCGAAUUCACCAUUCCAUUGCAAGCCACUUGCCUUAUGCAAAGAAGAGUGUUUGCACCUUACGGUAUGAACGGAGGUCAUCCUGGUAGAAGAGGGUACAAUUUUUGGUUGAAGAAGUUGGACAAUGGUAAGUACCAGAAAAUUGCAUUGGGAGGUCAAAACAGUGUGUGGGUCAAGCCUGGUGAUAGAGUUCGGAUUGAAACUCCAUCUGGUGGAGGAUGGGGUGCUGUUCCUGGAGAAGAAGAUGGUUCUCGUGUUGAAGAUGCCAACAUGGUGGACUAUCCUUCUAUCGAUGCUCCAUUCAGCAAGCCUUCCAUUUUGACUGGUAGUGUGGGUUUGAGAGUUCUUGCCCAAAACACAAACUAG